GCUCAGGCGACAGCGGCAGCGGCAACAACAGCAGGAGGGGGGGAGGUCGCCCCAACCCCGUUAUUUUUCUCCCUCUCCCGCUUGCGCCGUUGCGACGUUUCGUUUCGCGACAACAUCCCUCCUCCCUCUUCCACACCUUCCAACUCUUCUACUUCCCAACGCCAUCCAAACUCUCCUUCGAUAUUCCUAUCCCAAGCUAUCAUUGCAAAGGUUAUUAUCGCGUUUGAGCAACUCCGCUCAAAUUUCGCCGCAUUUUCCAGUCCGCUAGCAUCUUCCCUCGCCUUCCUCAAAGUUGUCAUCAUUGACCUUGUGUGCUAACACUGGCGACCAGGCAAUCGGACAGACAUAGACGCGUUGCGCAAUGGCUCGCGAAGGCACCCGCUCGCAGACGGGCAACUCCAAGCCCCGCGUCUUCCCCACCGUCGACACCGCCCCUGCUGUCAGGCGCACCACCAAGCCGAAGACCACCAAGAAGGCGGCCACUGCGCCCACCGGUGUGUCCAAGAAGAAGGCUCCCAAGAAGGAGAGCACUACGGCCAAGAAGGUCAAGGCUGUCGUGAAGGCCCCUGUGAAGAAGGCAGAGAAGGCUGCUGCGAAGGAGCCAAAGGCUGAGGCCAAGCCCAAGACAGCGAAGAAGGCCGCUGCGGCAAAGUAAACAGUGCCUUGUCCAAGUUUGCGCGUAUGAGUUUCUUCUAGUUCCAGUUAUUCCCGGGCUCCGUUUCGGCGCCUGGUGUAUCUGCGUCUGUCUGCCU